AUCCUUGCGCGUACUUGUCAGUUCCUUUAUCACUCGGCUAUCGAUCAAAACAACAAUUACUGCGCUCCUUAUCAGUGGUUGGUGAAAUUGAUGAAUUCUUUUUGAAUUAGCAGCUUCGUGGCAGUUUUGAAGUUCGGUAUUUUGCAUUUAUGGUGGGUGGAUGCUGUUCGCGGUUAGAAUUGAUAAGGUUUUUGCAUGGACAAUUUGUGAUAAGCAUCUGCAAGACUUUUUUCUUCCUCCAAUGUUGGUCCAUUUUUCCCAGUGACGAAGCGCAUAAAAAGCACUUUUGGCGAAAAUCCUACUACUAGAAACGAUAGACUAGUGUGAGUGUAUGGCGGAAAAAGCUCUGCUAGUGAUAAGAAAGUAUAUCAAUGGAUGCUUAUGGAAGCAAAUAAUGUUGUGAGUGAUAACAAACUGAACGUUCCAUAUGCGCGAAUCUGAACUCAUCGUAAAUUUUGGUGGUGAAUUUCUCGGAAAACGGGCUUCAGAAUUCGGUUGCGGUGUUCCGAUGAUAAGAAAUAAUUUCGCCGCAUAUUUGCGUGUUCUCAAAUCAUAGACCAGGGCCAGGACCAGGGCGCCUGCAAAAGCUGCCUGAUAAAAAGUUGCAUGCUGAUACACAGAAGAGAAUGAGAGCGCCCCUAAUGAAAGCUUCCGAGCAUGCGUCCUGUUUAUCAGCAUUGUCGCGAUGAUAAGAACAUAUAAACUGGGAGGUGAUCGGUCUUAUCAGUUCACGAAAUUUUCGGAAAAUUUUCUGCUAAGUAAAGUGCCAUUUUCCCAUCACCCAACACAAGUUCAAUGUUGAAAAAUAAUUGUUAUCGGUUCUCAUCUUCUUCACUAACAAUGUCCAACACCCUGAAGAGUAUCAACAAAUAAAAGCGAUACAAAAAUGAAACAAUUGAUGUUGAUCAUCAAGAUAGAUUUUAUUUUGUGUUUGCUGAAUUUGCUGUUUUCAAAAGUAGAUGCACGAGAAUACUCUCACCAUGGAAGAAAUCACCAACGUUACCGUUACUAUAGUGUAGAUGAUUGUGGCCAUGAGAUAAAAUUCGUAGAGAAGCAUGGCAACCACAGUACGCGCCAUAUGGCCAGUUAUUUGUGCCAAAAUAAAUUUACUUUUAAACACAAACGCCACGGUUUGCAGCAGAUGCAUCGAAACAAUUGGUACUUUGUGCGACACAACGAGAAAGGGCCAAUCAAGGAGGAGCUACGUAACGUUAGUAAGUCACCGGGCAUGAUCCACUGGCCAGUCAAGCGGGAGGCCGUUGUCGAAGGCGAUUUAAUUCUGGGUGGGCUGAUGAUGGUUCACUCUCGCGAAGAUUCGGUAGUCUGUGGUCCGAUCAUGCCUCAAGGUGGAAUUCAAGCACUGGAAACGAUGCUGUACACCUUGGACAAAAUCAACACCGAAAACUUGAUCCCUAAUGUGACAAUCGGCGCGCACAUUCUAGACGAUUGCGACAAAGAUACGUACGGCCUGGAAAUGGCGGUAGAUUUCAUCAAAGGUUCCAUUAGCAAUAUCGACGAUGCCUCGGACUACAACAACUGUAGCCGGGGCCACAAAAAGAAAGUCAUCUCCGGAGUUGUCGGAGCGGCCUCGUCUGUCACUUCCAUCCAGGUUGCCAAUUUGUUACGUCUUUUCAGGAUACCACAGGUAUCGUUCUUCUCAACUAGCCCCGAACUGAGCAAUAAACAACGGUUCGAGUACUUUUCUCGGACCAUACCUUCAGAUCAUUACCAGGUUAAGGCAAUAGUAGACAUCGUGCGAAAGUUAGGAUGGAGUUAUAUAUCUAUAAUUUACGAAGAAAGUAAUUACGGCAUUAAGGCGUUCGAGGAAUUGGACGAAUUAUUAUCCAAGUACGGCAUUUGUAUAGCAAUCAAGGAAAAAUUAGUUAAGGAUUCGGGAGUAGCCGAAAAAAUAGCAUAUGAUAAUAUCGUCCUCAAACUGUUGACGAAACCACGCGCAAAAGGUGUCAUCAUAUUCGGCUCCGAUCAGGAAGUAGCCGAAGUGAUGCGCGCAGUUCGCCGCCAGAACGUUACCGGUGUCUUCUCUUGGAUAGGAUCCGAUGGAUGGAGCGCUCGAAAUCUCGUGUCUGACGGCAACGAACCGGAAGUAGAGGGCACGUUGUCGGUACAACCUCAAGCUAAUCCGGUGAUCGGGUUCGAGGAAUACUUUCUUAAUCUAACCGUGCCAAAUAAUAACCGGAAUCCCUGGUUCGUGGAAUUCUGGGAGGAUCACUUCCAAUGUAAGUGGCCGGGAUCACCUUUAACCCCAUACAACGAGAAUUACUCCAAAUCGUGUAGCGAGACCGAAAAAUUAUCGAAGCACGAUCUAGAUUUCGAGGAUCAGCUGCAAUUCGUCAGCGAUGCUGUGAUGUCGUUUGCAUACGCGUUCAAAAAUAUGCAUCAAGAACUCUGCAGUGGAAGGCCUGGGCUGUGCGAUGAGAUGAACCCUACCAAAGGAGCGGAUUUGUUGAAGUACCUACGCAGAGCUGAUUUCGUCGGUCUCAGUGGCGAUAGGUUUAACUUCGACAACAAUGGCGACGGGCCAGCUCGUUACAAUAUAAUCCAUUUUAAGCAAGUCGAACCGGAACGAUUUAAAUGGAUUAAGGUGGGAGAAUAUUAUCAGGGCGAACUUCGACUCAACAUGGAAGAUAUUCAAUUCGGAAACAAAAAUCCAAAUCCUCCUGAAUCAGUAUGCAGCAGACCAUGUGAACGCGGUCAGGCUAAAAAAUACGUUGAAGGAGAAGGAUGCUGUUGGCAUUGUUUCAAUUGUUCCCAAUAUCAGAUACGUAAUCCUGCAGACGAAACACAUUGCAUAAACUGUCCACGGGGCACCAUCCCGGACAUCUAUCACGAAAGCUGUCAACACAUUCCAGAAGACUACCUGAAACCCGAAUCUCCAUACGCCAUCGGUGCUAUGUCUUUCAGCAGCCUUGGAAUCCUUAUGACUCUGUUCGUGGUCGGAGUCUUCCUAAAAAACAACGAUACUCCAAUCGUACGGGCAUCAGGCAGGGAGCUGAGUUAUGUUCUCUUGAGUGGCAUUCUGUUGUGUUACGGCGUCACCUAUGCCUUGGUCUUCAAACCGAACGAUAUUGUUUGUGGAGUUCAAAGGUUCUGGUCUGGGUUUUCCUUUACCGUGGUAUACGCUGCACUGUUGACAAAAACCAAUAGGAUAGCACGGAUAUUCAACGCCAGUACGAAGUCUGCCAAACGACCGUCGUUCAUAAGCCCACAUUCCCAGCUUGUAAUUUGCGGAAUACUGAUAUCUUUUCAGAUUCUGAUCAAUGCAGUUUGGAUGGUGGUAUCACCUGCUCACGCCAUGCACCAUUAUCCUACGAGAGAAGAUAAUCUGCUGGUGUGUAACUCCUACACGGACGCAUCCUACAUGAUAGCGUUUUUCUAUCCUAUAUUUUUAAUCAUCGUGUGCACAGUGUACGCGGUCCUAACUCGCAAAACACCGGAAGCAUUCAACGAAUCUAAGCAUAUAGGUUUUACUAUGUAUACUACAUGCGUUAUAUGGCUAGCUUUCAUUCCGUUAUACUUUGGAACGGGAAACAAUGUUCAACUUCGCAUAGCUUCAAUGUCUGUUACCAUAAGUUUAUCGGCCACUGUCACUUUAGUCUGUCUGUUUUCACCAAAGUUGUACAUUAUCCUUAUCCGACCAGAGCGCAACAUUAGACAGAGCAUGAUGCCCAUCCGGUACAGUACCAUUAACAAAACGACCGGAUCUGCCCAAUCAUCCAUGAUGGCAGCUGUGAUCGUAACAGCGGCAACGUGCAAUGAAAACGAAAAAGUGAUAAAAAACGUUUCAAAUGAAAAUAUUACAGGCGCAUACUAGAAGUAUUAUUAUUAUUACUGAUAAUAACAUUAAGAAAAGGGAACUAAAAGUAAUGCAGGACAUGUAUUCGAAGAAAAUACCAAAAGGAAUAAAUUGAUUAGUUUAUUUUAAACGAGGACGCCUAAAUAAAGCUAAGAAAAUUACUGAUAAAAUUAUACCACAUAUUGUUUCUCUAUUGUUCCAAAAAAAAGCCGAUACUUUUGAUUAUGAUGCAUAUUUUAAUUAUAAAUCUUUUAAAUAAUUAUAAGAACUAUAUACACAA